AGUACAAAUCAGAUCAUUUGCAGGUAAACAUGAUCAAAUUCUAAUAAAUUACUUUUAAACAUACAUUUACAUUUAAACACAUACUUAAAAUUUUAGCAGAAUCAUGUUUCCACAAAGUACAUUUUUUGGUAAUAAUCAAUAUAUUACAAUUCAGUCAAAAAUCUAGACAUUCUUAAAAAUAUCUCAGACCCUUAGUACAGGCUCCAUUUAAAAUUUACAAAUUUAAAAUUUUUUAAAUUUUUAAACUCAAUCCCAGCAGUCAUUUUAUUUUUACUUGAUGCUCACACUUCAGUAGCACAUAUAUCAAAAUAACAUUUCCACAUUUUAAUUUGUAAAUGCACAUUUUAAAUUAUGCAGAAUCUUCCACAAAUACAAUAUAGAAUCAUGCAUGAUUUUCCAAAACUGCAGAUAUCAACGUUAAAAAAAAUUAUUGAUUUAUGAGAGCAAAGCUUCUCUUUGUUCUUCUUUUCUCUCUCCUUCUCUGUUGGCCAUCAGAGGAACAGGGAGAAACAAUGAACAUUUUUCCAGCUUCUGUCUUCUAGGAAGAGCAGAGGACAAAAUGCAAGAUUUCUUCUCACUUAAAUUAUCUCAAGGUUUAGGAAACCCCAAAUCCACACAGAAGUGUUCUUUUUUUAAUUACUUAAACUUCAUUCUCUGAUCUCUACCCCAUUUCUCUGGAAGAAUGGAGGUGAGACAAGAGAACCUCAUCAAUCAGAGGUUUCCUUCCCCCCAACUUCCCCAGUGCGCACACACUAAAAGACAGACAGCCCAUUCUAUUAACAGCCUGCUUCAGUAAUAUCCCCAGGAGAAGUAGCUCCUACAGCCUCAUCUUUCAGGCUGCAGCAGAACUUCACAUAAGCGAAUUCUUUCCGUCUUGCUAGAGCAUCAGGUCUGGUAUGGCUUCCAGCAUCUCCAAAGCCUGGUGAAAUGCGCAUCAUUCCAGGUCUGAGUGGAAGCCUCUGGAGGGCAGCCGCCAUUCUUCAGAGCCUCUGGUGUCCCUCGAUGAUCACACAGUCAUCCCUCUUUCCAUCUAAGUCUCUCAGCUUUGCAGCCUCCCAUAAACCCACUGCAGAGCUCAGAUGAAUUUCCGGCUUUCCUCUACUAGCUUCGGUCCUGCCCACCCAGGAGGACUGAUUGGCUUCUCCGUCACCUUAGCAACAGGCUGCCUUCCAGCUGAGCGAGGUGGUACAAUUGUUCUUCAGAAUGAGCCAAUUUGGAUAAAUAAAGUCAAAUUGUGGAAGUCAGCUGAUUAUUUCGGUUUCAUUGGAAGAGGGCCGAGUCCCCCAAGAAAGCCGGACCGCUGUUUAAUAACAGGCGCCGCGGCACACUGGAAGUAACCUGCUUUUAUAAUGUUAAAGUCACAGACGGGUUAGUCCUCUCCAUGGAAAGUAUCAGCCUCUCCCAGAUAAUCCGGUCUUGGGCUUCCCAUUUCCUUAUUAGGCCCCGGCGGUGUGCCAGGAUGUAGCCCGAGGCAGCUUCCAGGCUAAAGAAGCAGCGGGGCUGGGCGGGAAGGGGAAAUGGGGGGAGAAGGCUGCAGCCCCCCAGGUUGGGGAACAAUUCCUAUAUGACCCCUCCCCCACCGAGCCUCUACAUGGAGUAGCCUAGAGAGGAGGACUGCAUUUCCCAGAAUGCCGGUGCAUGUCUUGGCCCUCCCCCUGUGGAGGACUCCAUUUCCCAGAAAGCCAAUUACCUGACUUCCCCCUAUUCUCGGCUCCUCCCCACCGAGGCGGCCUCCUGGCAUGCUGGGAACUCACCUGGGCAAUCUCAGCUCCUGGAAGGUUUGCUGCUGUUCUUCUAGGAUCUUUGGUGUCCAAAGAGGAAGUCUGCCCACCUUGGAGCUCCCACUCCCUGAAGGACCACAGUCUGUCCCCAGCAGAGACCCCAGAGCCAGAGGGAAUGGCCCUGGGGACCCAGAGGCCCCUGUCUCAGGGGGCAUUAACAUUCAAGGAUGUGGCUGUGGACUUCACCCAGGAAGAGUGGUGCUUACUGGACCAUUCUCAGAAGGAGCUGUACCUAGAGGUCAUGCUGGAGAAUGUACAGAAUCUGCUUUCUGUGGGGCUUCAAGUUCCUAGAGAAAAUUUUAUCUCUUCUUUUCAUCAAGGGAAAGCACCUUGGCUGCUAGAGCAAAAAGGCCCAAAGAGCUCCUUCCCAGAAACAGAGACGAAUUUUGAAGUGAAGGAGAUGUCUACAAAGCUAACUCUUUUUGUGGAAGGAUUUGGGCCAGAAAGAUGCUUGAAUGAUGGUCCCCAUGUUUUCAUUUUGAGAGAAAUCUAUGACUCUAAUAUCAAAGUAAAUAAAAGUCCAAAGAGUGACUGUGAAUUUGGUGAUACUGCAGAGAAAUUGAGCCAAUAUACAAUCCUAAAUCAGGGUAUGAAAUUGACCUCCAGAAAUGACUGUUGUCAGGAUAGUGAAUAUAGAAGAUGCUUUUCUGAAGAAGUAAGAUUUGUUCAAUCCCCUGAGAAACCUCCUGAAAUGCCCAUGUAUCAAGAUAAUGUGGGAGGAAUGGCCUUUGGCAAGAGUUUAGACCUCAUUAGACAUCCAAAAAGUAAAGGUAUCAAGAUAGUUUCUGUUAGUGAUAAAGGUGCAUCUCGACCUUUAAGUCAGAACUCUGACCUUUCUGCACAUCACCAAAUCCAGGAUGGAGAGAAACCUUUUGAAUGUAAACAAUGUGGAAAGACUUUCAAACAGAAAGGCCAUCUUGCUAAACAUCAGAGCAUCCAUAGUGCAGAGAAACCUUAUGAAUGUGAACAGUGUGGAAAGACUUUCAAACGGAGGGACCAUUUAGUUGCACAUCAAAGAAUCCACAAUGGAGAGAAACCUUAUGAAUGUGAACAAUGUGGAAAGGCUUUUUCAUACAGGGGAUCUCUUGCUGCACAUCAGAGAAUCCACACUGGAGAGAAACCCUAUGAAUGUGAACAAUGUGGAAACGCUUUUUUACACAGGGGAUCUCUUACUGCACAUCAGAGAAUCCACACUGGAGAGAAACCUUAUGAAUGUAAACAGUGUGGAAAGAUUUUCAAACGGAGGGAAUAUCUCGCUGCACAUCAGAGAAUCCACACCGGAGAGAAACCUUAUGAAUGUAAACAGUGUGGAAAAACUUUCAAACGGAAGAGCCAUCUUGCUGCACAUCAGAGCAUCCACAGUGUAGAGAAACCUUAUGAAUGUAAACAGUGUGGAAAGGCUUUUACAUGGAAGGUCUCUCUUGCUGCACAUCAGAGCAUCCAUAGUGGGCAGAAACCUUAUGAAUGUAAACAGUGUGGAAAGACUUUUACAUGGAAGGUCUCUCUUACUGCACAUCACAGCAUCCACAGUGGACAGAAACCUUAUGAAUGUGAACAAUGUGGAAAGACUUUCACACAGAGGAGCCAUCUUGCUGCACAUCAGAGUAUCCACAGUGGAGAGAAGCCUUAUGAAUGUAAACAGUGUGGAAAGACUUUCAAACGAAGGGAUGUUUUAGUUGCACAUCAGAAAAUCCACACUGGAGAGAAACCUUAUGAAUGUGAACAAUGUGGAGAGGCCUUUUCACACAAGGGAUCUUUUGCUGCACAUCAGAGAAUCCACACUGGAGAGAAACCUUAUGAGUGUAAACAGUGUGGAAAGACUUUCAAACGAAAGGGCCAUCUUGCUGCACAUCAGAGAAUCCAUACUGGGGAGAAACCUUAUGAAUGUAAACAGUGUGGAAAGACUUUCAAACGGAAGGACAUUUUAGUUACACAUCAGAAAAUCCACACUGGAGAGAAACCUUAUGAAUGUAAACAGUGUGGAGAGGCUUUUUCACACAGGGGAUCUCUUGCUGCACAUCGGAGAAUCCACACUGGAGAGAAACCUUAUGAAUGUAAACAGUGUGGAAAGACUUUCAAACGGAGGGACUCUCUUGCUCCACAUCAGAGAAUCCACACUGGAGAGAAACCUUAUGAAUGUAAACAGUGUGGAAAAACUUUCAAACGGAAGGGCCAUCUUGCUGCACAUCAGAGCAUCCACAGUGUAGAGAAACCUUAUGAAUGUAAACACUGUGGAAAGGCUUUUACACAUAGGGGCUCCCUUGAUACACAUCAGACCAUCCACACUGGAGAGAAAGUUUAUAAAUGUCAUCAACUUGGAUAGGCUUUCACAUUUCCACAGUUGCUUCAUGUCAGAAAAUUUCACUGGAGAGAAACCUCAUGAGUGAGCCUGUUCUGGUGCUUAAUUUCUAACUGUAGGAAUACAUAUUAAAAAAACAAGUCUCCGAGCCAAAAAGAAACUGGUUUAUUGAGAGAGGGCCAGUCUUACAAUAAAGCCAGACUUCUGUUUAAGACUGAAA